GAGGUCAGGCGUGGAGGGCGCGGAACCUUCGCCACCCGGAGCUGUCCGGGCUCCGGCGCCCUGGCCGCCGGCUUUUGGGUGCAGCGUCUUCGCCGGUGAAUACCGCUUCCACUCUCCGGGUGUGGCCGCCAGUCGGGUUGCUCUGCUGUGCUCCAUCUCCUUCUCCUAAAGAUGCAUCCUGACUUAUCUCCACACUUGCAUAUUGAAGAAUGCAACGUCUUGAUUAACUUGCUUAAGGAAUGUCACAAAAAUCACAGCAUUCUGAAAUUUUUUGGUCAUUGCAAUGAUCUUGAUCGGGAGAUGAGAAAAUGCUUGAAGAAUGAGUACAUGGAAAAGAGGAACAAGAGCAGGGAGCGUGGCAACGCAAUGCAAAAGAGACUUUUUAAUCCUCCAGAGGAAUCUGAAAAAUAGAUCAUAUUUUCACUGGAUGCCUUGGCUGAGAGAAGACCCAAAGACUCUUGGGUGGUAGCUGAAGGAAUCCCGUUGCAUUUGGUCUCCAGAAUCCUUUGAAUGGAAAGUGACCUAUGAGAAAUCGAGCCUUGGAGAAGUAUGGAAGCCCUGGAUCCGGAAUAUUGGUUGGGCAGAGCUGUUAGAACUCUCUCUCCUCUUCCAGCGCACCUGAGACUUCUAACGUGUUUGUUCCCUUUGCCUGCAGCCCGUUGACAUUUGAGUA